AUCCAGCGCGAGAUUGAGAGCUUUGGUUUUACGCGCGCCUUUAAAGUCUAGUGUGACCUGGUCAAUGUGUAUCUUACCUGCAAGGAAAUUCCCUUAUUAGUUCGUUGUGAUUUAUUUGUUAACUAGAUUUUUGCUACAGUAAUUAGGAAGUUUGCAGUAAUUUCAUAUAUUCAUGAUUAUGUUGAAGUAAUUUCAUUCAAAGUUAACCUGAGCUACUAAUGAGCAUCCCUAUGGCUUUGGAUAACAACGUUCCACUAUUGUUGACACAAUCAUUUCUUGAUCUUCGUGACGAGUGCUAUUCCCUCAUGGACAAAAGAUUUACGAAUAACAAUCGUUUGCCAAAAAAUACGACAAUAUACGCCUACGCCAAACUCUUCGCCCAAUUCUGCUUAUUAUCUGAAGAAUUGGAGAGGUGGCUUAAGAGAGUAUGUAAAAUGGCUUCCGAAGGACGUUUGGCCUAUGUUAGUCGUUCAGAAUCUUAUAUGAAUCAGAAUUACCUUGGAUGUAUUAACAAUCGAGACGUUGACCUUAAUCGUUUACGUUCCCUGGCCAACCAGCUUUUGGUUAUGUCCGGAAAGACCUCUGAUUCCGCAACUGAAUCAGUGGAAGAUUUUCUUGAGGUCAAUAUUUCCAGUAGACUUCAAGAAAUCGAAACUAUGUGGAGUGAUAUUACAAGUCUCGUUCAACCGAUGAGCUUAUUUCACGACCCAUCACGUACAAUAAAAGAUGUUGAACUGGACGUUCAAGAAACUGAGGCUAAGCUUCGCUCAAUCAGUAGACGAACUUUUGACCUACAGACCGUACUAACCAAGUCGAUCAGAGGAACAUGUGACCUGAAUUCAGAUAUGAGUGUACUCGAGGCGGAGCAUAUCUCUCUCAAAAGAUCUAUGCAAACGCUGUCCGCCGCUAGCUGUUUACUUUCACAGCUCCAUAUGUUUAGUAUCGAAAAUAAUCUGCAUUUAUAUAGAGGUGAAACUUUUGAUUUGCUUAUCUGCAAACUUACUGAGAAUAUCGACAAGUUAACUUACAGAGGCUGGUCUCUUUGGUGUAUGCACUUGGAGCUACUUGAACGCUGGAAGUAUUUAUCUAAAGAUCGAAGUUCUUUUGAAAAUCUGAAUUUUGAUGUGAACAAUCGGGUCGAUUAUUCAACUUCCAGUGUAUAUUCACUGUGUUGUUCAGAAUCAGGAUUUGCAAGUGAUGCUGACCAAUUCCUAACUUGUCAAGCAGCAGAUCAAUUGGGUUUAUCUAAUUCUAAUUUUGUUAUUUCUGAUUUAUUCACUACGAAGUCCAAAAAUAGAAAAUCCUUUUCUUCUGUAAAUGAUAAUAUUCUUUCUCAAUCCUCGGACUGUUUAUGGACUUCCAAUACAGAUUCAAAUGAUUCAGAGGCAAUCAGUGAUUCACCUUCUGGUUUAUUCCAUGAAAUAUAUAAUCGUACACCAACUAAAUUGGUCAGUUCUUCUAUGGAGCCUAAUGGGAAGAGUGAUGAUAAUGAUAAUGACAAGACUAAUAAAUAUAAAUACUCUCCAAAACAGUCCAAAUGUCCGUUUGAUAUUUGUUUCGAACAAACAAAUUCCUUAGAAGAUUUUAAUCGUGAUAACCUGAGCAUGCAUGUAGUAGAUAAUCAUGAUUUGGGUUCUCUUUAUUCACGUUCUCAUUCCAGUGAUUCUGGAUUGAAACGCAAAUGCUCUUCAGCAAAUCGAAUUCGGCUUACUUCUUGGAGUGGAGAAGAUAUAUUUGAGAUGCCCACUGGUAUUUUUUCCUCAAAGGAUCAUAAACGUCUUCAAUUCAUAGCAACAUGUGGUUUUUCUUCCCCUGGCACUUUAACUAGUCCUAAACAAUACAGUUGUGGAAAGUUACGAAGAAAUUCAUUUUCGUCUUUGUUACCCUGUAUAGAUCACCAUUCCAAUCCAAAUACUGUUGAUUUACGUGAAGCAGCAAAUUCUAAUUUGAAUGGCACUACCUGCUCAAAGUUAUUACCAAUUACCGAAUUCAAGUCAAAUCUAUAUCGUUCCAAUUCUCAACAAUCCCCUGAUCUUUUGUCAAUAAUUAUUCCUCCGAGUAAUUCAAACGAUAAUCAUAGUAACGAUGGUAAUAAUAAUUCUGAACAUGUUGGAAUAUCAAAGAACUUUAAACAUGUUCAUAAGGACCAUGGUCUAGUGUAUGGUAUCCAUGUUCAUUUCGAUGAAAAACUCUCUAACACUCAUAGAGACGAUAAUAAUGCUGAUGGACUGGAAUGGGAUGAUUUGGGUGAUUUACAAAUUGCAAAGUCUGAUUCCCCAUCACUGUUGCCAAGUAAUGAAUCAGCCGACACAUUGAAUGGAUCUAUUCUUCCCUGCUCGUCACUUCAGUUAACUGAAUCCCACGUUCAACAUCUCAGUCAAAUUGUUAACUCACAACAAAAAUCUCACGCAGAGGUCUCUUUACAUCCCUCACAUCAUUCAGAAAUUUCCAUACUAAUAAACAAUUUAUCUGUCAGUCAAAAUAAUUCUUAUUCUCCAGAAUCAGUGAAAUCUUGGGAACAAACUAUUGAGAACGAAGCAUAUCGUUACAAUCGGGGCAACAAUAAUCAUACUAAAUUAGGAGCUGCUUCUGUCAUGGAUUUGCCCGAUAGUUCGUUGGUAAAGGAAGCUGAUAUUCUCCCUCUUUUAACAUCAAUACGUCGGGACGCGCUUCCACUUAUUAAACUAUUAUUACGUUUAGAAGAAAAAUCUGUGACUGGACUUUUGGAUUCGAAUUUGCACGUUAAUGAAAAUCUAUGCUCACAGAAAUUGGAGGACGAACGUCGACAACUGGAUAUUGAUAAAAGUUAUCUCACGCAUUAUGGUAAACGUCUUACUCAGUGGACUAAUACUAUGGAUAAGUUAUUGGAUUCUUUCCGACCUGAGGAAGCAGACUAUAAGACACAAUCACAAACUUCAUUAUCAAUCGCUUUAGAUACAUUUGGUGAUUGGUUAUCGGCUCUUAAGGCAAGACAUACUAUGGCUUUUUGGGUUGUAAAUUGGCGUUCAUCUAUGUUUGAUCAUUUGGUGGGAGAAAGUUAUGACGCGAAUGUAUCGUUGUUGGGCAUGAAACAACGUGUUCAGACAGCAAUUCAUAGAGCGCAGGCGGUAUUGAAACCACUUCUACAGUCUUAUGAUGAGUUUACGUCAUCCACUGAUAAUAUUGACCACUGUUUAAAUGAAAUACAUUCUGAUCUUGGUGUAAUUUCAACCUAUCCAUCCAACGAGUUCGUAAACACUUUGGAAGAACUACGUGAUUUAAAUGAAAAUCUAUGGACUAUCCAGUCACGUUUGGGUUCAUGUUACUUAUUCAAUGACUUCUGGAAAUUUUCCUGUAAAUCAAACAUUCUUGUACAACAUGAUAGUCAUGAUCACCAUGGUAAAGAAUUAGAUGUCAAUAUAUCAAAAUGCUCCAUUACCAAUUUAAUUCAUUUUUCUUGUGAACUUCGUCAGAAAAUUCUAACUAUGAUUCGUGAUUUAGAAUUGGCAAUAAUUAACAAAUCAAAUGCAAUUAUAGUUAAAAUAAAACACUUGUCAAUUUACCAUGCAAAACAACACUUAAUUGAUUCAACUAUUCCUUUUAUUGUAGAAAAAGACAAAGAAGUGGUUGACAGUAUGAUCUCAUCAAAUGACUCUGUACAGUUGGACAACUAUUAUCUCGAUACUGCAGUUGGUCAUUUACGUUCACGUUCUUUUCACGGUUCACUGUAUUACACACUUUUCUCACAAACUUAUUCUAAUAGUUUACCACAUUUUAUAUUCAGUAUCGAUAAACGGUCAUUCGGAAGAUGCUUCUUAAUCUUUUUACUUAUUUUUAUUGUAUUUAUUCUAUUUGAAUCGUUCUUUGGUGAAUGUUCCAUAAUUUCGCUAACGUCUCUUGGUAAUGGUUGCCAUAGUGAUGGUCCGGUCGUGGAACUAAGCACAAAUCAUUUAGUGAAAUUCUUUACCUGUUUUCAACUUCCCAAUUCAAACAAUGUGAUUUGGUAAUUCCUUAUUCACACUUUUAUGAAUUUGUAUGUUUUGGUUACGAUCAUGGUCAUUUGUCUAUUGGACUCUGAUUCUAAUGCGUCUGCAAUCAUAUGAACUAGAUUUCUUUCUACUUUUAUCAUGUUUGUUUGUACAUUUACCAUAUCACGAAUUUGUUUUGUACAGUUGUAGUUUUCUUUCUUAAUAUUUUCUAUCAUCCCGUAUAAUUAUUAGCUGAAUUAAAAAGCUUUUAUUUCCUGAUAAUGAUAGUAUUUUCCCCAUAAUAUUGCAUGACGUUGUUCUGCCCUCAAUGUAAUUUGGAACGCUGUGACUUCGGUUGCGUUUUAAUAGUGUCUACUGAUAACUAACGAUGGGAUCAGGCAUUUUAAUCUUUUGGAUACUCAUCAUUUUAAUCUUUACAUAUCUCAGUAAAAAUUGGUACUUUCAUAAGUUAAACGUCAUGUGUGUCUCUUCUGAGAUUUUAAAAAUUUCUUCAUAUACAUCACUUCAAUUUUCGAUUUCAUUCGUUCUAGCAGUUGAUUGGUGUGCUGCAUGCUUGGAUUUAGCUUGGAACAUAGAAUUUCAUGAAAGGUUUGGUAUUACUGAAGUCCGUCAUUUAUCGGACCAUGUCAACUAUGCAUUAAACGUUAAAUUAUUCUGUCAAUAUUUAAAUGAAUUAUUAUCGAUGCAUAACUUAAUUGCUUUUGUAUAUUUCAGUUACGCGAUUCUUUUUCCUUUACACAAAUCGGAAGUAAGCAAUAAAUAAUUCAAGGGGUUGGAUAUUCUACUUGUUGUUAUACAUAUAUACUGAGCGAGUACUAAACAAAUGAAACGUAAAGCAUGUCUAAUCAAUUUAUGGCAAAAUUUAAUCAACUGAACUUAAACGACCAAGUAAUUCCCUCUCUUAUUCUUCCUAAUAAAUGUUGAUAAUUGUGGCUCCCUUCAAAUAUAAAGUUAUU